AUGUUGGCCAUGGAAGACAUCUUCGAAAUAAAGAACUCUGCCGCAAUUCGAGCUCAGUUGUUGCGACGAGUUCCUCCACUCGUCGAGGUGGAAAUUCGGCUUCACGAGGCUCCAGACCCAAGUGUUAACACUGCGGAAAGUUGGGCCAUACCAAGGCAAAAUGUUGGAAACUUGGUAACUAAGGGUAAAAUGAUGACCCUGGGAUAUCUCCAAGAAGAGGCCCAUGUGCGGGUUUCAGGUCGUUGA